AAACAGAAAGAAAGAAAGAAAAGGUGAAGGAGAAGAAGAAGAAUGAAAGAAGAGUCGUAACUUAAAACUUAAAAAUGAAGAAAUUAAGGUAUAGUCCCCUUUUUUGACCGAGUCAACCCACGCGCAGCCACCUCACAAGUCACAACCACCUCGGCGGCGUUCAAUACGUCGUCGUUUCCUCAACAGAAGAAAGGAGCUCGCGCCGCUCUGAAUUCUCGUGCGAUCUGUUUUCUAUUUCUUCAUCCCGGCGAGUUAGUUGGUGUGAUCGGAGAUGAUGGGUUCGAGGGGACUGUUCGGGUGGUCCCCGCCGCACAUACAGCCUCUCACGCCCGUCUCUGAGGUGUCGGAGCCGCCGGAGUCGCCGUCGCCUUACCUCGACCUCGGUGCCGAGACCUCCGCAACUCAGCCUAUGGAGGUCGAGGAGGAGAUGGAGGAGGCCGACGAGAUUGAGCCGCCGCCCGCCGCCGUUCCUUUCUCCCGCCUCUUCGCCUGCGCUGACCACCUCGAUUGGUUUCUUAUGCUCGUCGGCUCCAUCGCCGCCGCCGCACACGGCACUGCUCUCGUUGUUUACUUGCACUACUUCGCCAAGGUUCUCCGGGUUCCACAGCAGGGUUUGCCGGAAGAGCAGUUUCACAGGUUUAAAGAGCUUGCUUUAACCAUUGUUUAUAUUGCUGGGGGAGUUUUUGCUGCUGGUUGGAUUGAGGUUUCGUGUUGGAUUCUUACUGGAGAACGGCAGACUGCUGUCAUCAGAUCAAAAUAUGUCCAAGUAUUACUUAACCAAGAUAUGAGUUUUUUUGAUACUUAUGGAAAUAACGGAGACAUUGUGAGUCAAGUAUUGAGUGAUGUGCUGCUCAUUCAGUCUGCUCUUAGUGAAAAGGUUGGGAAUUAUAUUCAUAAUAUGGCAACAUUCUUCAGUGGUCUUGUUAUUGCUUUUAUCAAUUGUUGGCAGAUUGCAUUGAUAACAUUAGCUACAGGUCCAUUUAUUGUUGCUGCAGGAGGAAUAUCAAAUAUAUUCCUCCAUAGGCUUGCCGAGAAUAUUCAAGAUGCAUAUGCUGAAGCAGCCAGCAUUGCUGAACAGGCAGUUUCAUAUAUAAGGACCUUAUAUGCAUUUACAAAUGAAACAUUGGCCAAAUAUUCAUACGCAACAUCACUGCAAGCUACUCUUAGAUAUGGUAUAUUAAUAAGUCUCGUUCAAGGCCUUGGCCUUGGUUUUACAUAUGGGCUUGCAAUAUGUUCUUGUGCAUUACAACUCUGGGUUGGAAGGCUCUUGAUUAUACAUGGAAAAGCUCAUGGUGGUGAAAUUAUAACAGCUCUGUUUGCUGUGAUUCUAAGUGGCUUGGGAUUGAAUCAAGCUGCAACAAAUUUCUACUCAUUUGAUCAAGGGCGAAUAGCUGCCUAUAGACUGUUUGAGAUGAUAAGCCGGUCAUCCUCAUCUUUUAAUCAUGAUGGCAGUGCUCCAGCUUCUGUCCAAGGAAAUAUAGAGUUUCGGAAUGUUUACUUCAGUUAUCUUUCUCGCCCUGAAAUCCCUAUCUUGAGUGGGUUUUAUCUCACUGUUCCUGCUAAAAAAACUGUGGCACUUGUUGGCAGAAAUGGCUCUGGAAAAAGUAGUAUUAUUCCCCUCAUGGAGCGGUUCUAUGAUCCAACUUUAGGGGAAGUUCUUUUAGAUGGUGAAAACAUAAAGAAUAUGAAACUGGAAUGGCUAAGGAACCAAAUAGGACUGGUCACCCAGGAACCUGCUUUGCUCAGUUUGAGUAUAAGAGACAACAUUGCUUAUGGGCGAGAUACCACCAUGGAUCAAAUUGAAGAGGCUGCUAAAAUAGCUCAUGCACAUACCUUUAUCAGCUCAUUAGAUAAAGGUUAUGACACACAGGUUGGCAGGGCUGGUCUAGCUUUGACAGAAGAGCAGAAAAUAAAACUUUCUAUUGCAAGAGCUGUGCUUUUAAAUCCAUCAAUUCUUUUGCUUGAUGAGGUUACUGGUGGACUUGAUUUUGAGGCUGAGAGGUCUGUUCAGGAGGCUCUGGAUCUCCUCAUGUUGGGACGCUCAACAAUCAUAAUUGCUCGAAGGCUUAGUCUUAUAAAGAAUGCUGAUUAUAUAGCUGUUAUGGAGGAUGGUCAACUGGUUGAGAUGGGUACUCAUGAUGAGUUACUCACCCUGGAUGGCUUAUACGCAGAGCUUCUUCGAUGUGAAGAGGCCACAAAACUUCCUAAGAGGAUGCCUGUUCAAAACUACAAGGAGACUGCAACUUUCCAAAUUGAGAAAGAUUCUUCAGAAAGUCAUAGCUUCAAAGAACCUUCAUCUCCUAAAAUGAUAAAGUCACCCUCUCUUCAGAGAGUUUCUGCCAUAUUUCGGCCUUCAGAUGGCUUCUUCAACUCACAAGAAUCACCAAAAAUCCGGAGCCCACCUUCUGAGAAGUUGAUGGAGAAUGGCCAGUCUUUAGAUUCAUCAGAUAAGGAGCCAUCAAUAAAAAGGCAGGAUAGUUUUGAAAUGAGACUACCAGAGUUACCCAAGAUUGAUGUUCAAUGUGUGCAUCGACAAACAUCAAAUGGUUCUGAUCCAGAAUCUCCCAUUUCACCUCUUUUAACGUCCGACCCUAAAAAUGAACGCUCCCAUUCACAGACUUUUAGCAGACCUGAUUGUCAUUCUGAUGAUCUUUUGGUGAAAAUGAGUGAAACAAAGGAUGCAAGGCAUCGAAAACAACCCUCAAUUUGGAGGCUAGCAGAGCUUAGUUUUGCAGAGUGGCUUUAUGCUGUGUUAGGAAGCAUAGGUGCUGCUAUCUUUGGUUCUUUCAAUCCCCUUCUUGCUUAUGUUAUUGGUCUGGUGGUGACAGACUAUUAUAGAAUUGAUGAAGCUCAGCACUUACAAGGGGAGAUAAACAAAUGGUGCUUGAUCAUUGCCUGCAUGGGUAUUGUGACAGUUGUUGCCAACUUUUUACAGCAUUUCUAUUUUGGUAUUAUGGGGGAGAAAAUGACAGAAAGAGUUAGGAGAAUGAUGUUCUCAGCCAUGCUUCGCAAUGAAACUGGAUGGUUUGAUGAAGAGGAAAAUAGUGCUGACAAUUUAUCCAUGCGCUUGGCCAAUGAUGCUACAUUUGUGCGAGCAGCAUUCAGUAACCGACUUUCCAUAUUUAUUCAGGACAGUGCUGCUGUUAUUGUUGCUUUUCUCAUUGGUGUUUUGCUGCACUGGCGAUUAGCACUUGUGGCCUUAGCAACACUUCCAGUUCUCUGUGUUUCUGCUCUUGCCCAGAAAUUGUGGCUUGCUGGCUUUUCAAAGGGCAUACAGGAAAUGCACAGAAAGGCAUCUUUGGUUCUUGAAGAUGCAGUUAGGAAUAUUUACACUGUUGUUGCAUUUUGUGCUGGUAAUAAGGUGAUGGAACUCUACCAGUUGCAGUUAAAUAAAAUAUUUAAGCAAAGCUUUCUUCAUGGAGUGGCCAUUGGUUUUGGAUUUGGCUUUUCACAGUUUCUGCUCUUUGCUUGUAAUGCCCUUCUACUUUGGUACACUGCACUAUGUGUAAAUAAGAGUUAUGUGGAUCUACCUACUGCUCUCAAGGAGUACAUUGUUUUCUCAUUUGCUACAUUUGCCCUUGUGGAGCCUUUCGGGUUGGCUCCUUACAUACUUAAGCGACGUAAAUCUCUCAUGUCAGUGUUUGAAAUUAUAGAUCGUGUGCCUAAGAUUGAUCCUGAUGAUAGCUCAGCACUGAAGCCACCCAAUGUAUAUGGAAGCAUUGAGUUGAAAAAUAUUGAUUUUUGUUAUCCUUCUCGACCUGAAGUGUUGGUAUUAAGCAAUUUUAGUCUCAAAGUCAAUGGAGGACAAACAAUUGCUGUAGUGGGAGUUUCGGGAUCAGGGAAGAGCACAAUAAUAUCUUUGAUUGAGAGAUUCUAUGAUCCAGUUGCCGGCCAAGUUUUGCUAGAUGGGAGGGAUUUAAAACAAUAUAAUUUGAGAUGGUUGAGGAGCCACCUUGGUUUGGUUCAGCAGGAACCAAUUAUCUUCUCAACUACCAUAAGGGAAAACAUCAUAUAUGCCAGGCAUAAUGCCAGUGAAGCUGAAAUGAAGGAGGCUGCAAGAAUAGCAAAUGCUCACCAUUUCAUUAGUAGCUUGCCUCAUGGUUAUGACACUCAUGUUGGGAUGAGAGGUGUUGACUUAACUCCAGGACAAAAACAGAGAAUUGCAAUUGCAAGGGUAGUGCUUAAAAAUGCUCCUAUUUUGUUGUUGGAUGAAGCUAGUUCAUCAAUUGAAUCUGAGUCAAGCCGAGUGGUGCAAGAGGCUCUAGACACCCUAAUAAUGGGAAACAAGACCACUAUUUUAAUAGCACACAGGGCUGCGAUGAUGAGGCAUGUGGACAACAUAGUAGUUCUAAACGGAGGAAGGAUAGUGGAGGAGGGGACCCAUGAUUCAUUGGUGGCAAAAAAUGGUCUGUAUGUCCGAUUGAUGCAACCUCAUUUUGGUAAGGCUUUGCGCCAGCAUCGGCCUGUUUAGAUUGGGAGUAUAUAAUGUGAGUAGUUGCAACUAAUGUUGCUUCAUGAGAAUUGUUUCAUAUAUUACUUGAGUUGAAUGACUGGUGAUUGCUGCACCUGGUGGAAUUUUCCAAUGUCAGGUGGAGGCUUGCAUGUAGCAAGAAUGGGAGUAUUGGAUCAGCACUCGGCAUUGGUUGGCAUAAGAAGAGGGUACUGUGGCAGGGGUAGUGUAGGAAUUAAAGAUAGGAAUUUGGAAUUUGGUUGCUUUGAGACUUUAGUAUUGAAGCUGAGGAUGCAUAUUCUUUUGGAGGCAAGCAGUUUAGACUGACGGUGUUGUCUCCACGAUAUAUUGAUUUGUUUUACAAAGAGAGGAAGGCGGCGGAAUCAACACUAAUUCAGUUGAGUUACUCUUCUAUUGGACUUUUCACUCUUCCUGUCUCUCAAGCGCGGAUGACACUACUGUAGUUUUUUUUCUCUUCAAUCUUCAUUUGUGAAAAUUGUAGAAAAUACAGUCUCAACUGUUCUAUAACCUAUGUAUAUACAUAGCGAAAGUCUAGAAGCAAAAUUCCUUUAGUGCUUGAAUUACACGAAUUCACCAGUUUUUUGUCCUUAGAUAAUAGAUGCAAAUUUCCACGUGUAUUUUGUCAAGUAGUUUGAGAUUUUAUGAAACUAAUUUGCUAUUUUUGUUGAACUUUUCUACUUAUAUAAAGUUAUAAACAGACAAGUGAGUGUGGACUGUGGAGUAUUACACUAUACAUUAUUUUA